GGGCAGGCCGUCAUUGCAAAUAUGAAUAUAUACAUACAUACAUACAUACAUACAUACAUACAUACAUACAUACAUACAUACAUACAUAGUGCAAUUCGCACUACAUCUGACCAGAGUUUUAUGGUUCCUGGUCCAAAGUAAUGCUCUAUAGGGAACAGGGUGGCCAUUUGGGACACAAUAUUAGGGACCUCAAAGCCAAGGUUCCUGUCCUGUGGUUGUCCUCAUGAGAGCCAGUUUCAUCAUAGAGCUUGAGGGUUUUUGCAACUGCACUUGAAGUGAUGUAAAAAAAGAAUCUCAGAUUCCAUGUGGCCUUUGAAUAGUGUUAGUUUAAACAGUGCAUGCACCUCAAACGUUUGCACCUUGUUAUACUGAUUUCAACGUGAUAUCCAUGUAAGUGAUAAAAACAAAAUGUAUUGCAUUACACUUACCGCGUUGUCGACCCAUUUGAAUCAAAAUCCAACACUUCAAAAUGUAGCUACGUGUCUUUUAUAAGUUAUCCUCUAACCAGUGAUGUACAUAUUAUUCCAUGUGGGUUUUGAGCUGUUAGUUUUAACAGGACAUGCAACCUAUUCUCCCUGUCGAGCUAUUGAUUUCAACCUGAUAAUCGAUAGGAGUGAUUGACAAAACAGUGUUGUGUUUCUCUUUCUGUUGGUGACCCCCGUAUCAAAAUGCAACAUUCCAAAAUGUAGCUGACUGUCUUCUGCAGAUUGUUAUCUAACCAGUGAUGUAAAAUUAUCUCCUGCUUCCUCGUGGGUUUUUUAGUUGUGGUAUUUUCAACAGUGCAUACAACCUGAUUUCCCCCCACUAAUCGAUACGAAUGAUUUAUUGUCAAAACAGCAGGGUUUUUGGUGCGUGUGCAAUUUAUUACUAUUGUUGCACAUUUGUGUAGAUAAUACAUUUUAUGUUUAGGUUUUCAAUUGAGUUUUAGGAAUAUAAAUGUAACUUUCAUAAUUAAUUUCGAAUGGUAUUGGACUUAAUUAGGUAAAAACUGCUGAAUGAGUCGAAAAAUGUGCUGUGAUUGAUUUAUGACGAAAUAGGCUACCAGAAAUUACCAAAACGGCUUUGCCCUGCCUACUCAUGUCAUAGACCCAUGGUUAUAUCAUCUGCCAGCGGGCUACCAUUUGCAAGUCUUCGAUAUGACCUUAACAAUACGUCUCAGUUGUCCUCCACACCACUGCAGGUCCUGUUCUACCUCAACGGCUGGUAUUUUGCUGCCUACUUCCUUGCUGAGGGUCUGAUGUUUGUUUACAAAGGAUUGUUGUUACCAUACCCACCAGCUAGUCUCACGUUGGACGUUGGGCUACUCCUUGUUUUCCUUGGCCUGGAGUCCCUCCGAAUAUUUUACGGUUGGAAGGGGAACUUAACAGAGCGUUCUCUGGCCAUGUCAGUGAGUGUGUUGGUCCUGGUGCCGUGCACAGUGCUGUCUGUGUACUACCUGAUGCUGCAGACCUUCGUCCUGCGCCUGGAGUUCAUCCUUAAUGCUGUGUUACUCUGCUUCUACAGUCUGGAGAUGCUGCUGGGAAUCAUGUCCAUAUCUGCUUUCUCCAGGUCAAAGGUGUACUAAGGAAGAUGAAUGCUGCAAUGUUCCACAUCGUUUCAAAAGGAAUGAAAAAAAGAUUUUUACUGGGAUUGUUCUGUGAACAUAUUUUAAUCCCACAUGAUAUUGUUUGUGUGUUUUUAUAUCAUCUGUUAAUAGCCUAAUUUAUAUUUUUGUAAUGAUGAAAUGUCACUUUUUGAAAUUGUUUUUGUGUCAACUGUCAAUCUUGUGUGUUACUAGUAACACUAAUGGAAUUGUCUUAUGAGGAUAUUCAAUCUGCUGUACCUGAUAAUGGAAUAUAUUUGUAUGUUUUUUUGUUGUUGUGGGGGGGUGAUUUACUUAAUUAAAACAUCCUUAUUCAUUCACCAUAA